CAUGAUGAAAAAGGUGACAUGAUGAGCUUACAAAAACACAAAAGAUGAACUAAAAAAAGAAAGAGAGAAAGGAUAGCCAUGGCGAUUUGCAGGUUGAGAUCUCUGCUUUCUCUUGCCAAAUGCAAUUCUCAAACCUUCCAACUUCGUUCUUUCUCUUCUUCCCAGGCUCCCCCUCAUCACUUGCAGAAUGUUGGAUUCAUUGGUCUUGGAAACAUGGGAUCCCGAAUGGCGAAUAAUCUGAUGAAAGCUGGAUUCAGACUUACAGUUCAUGACCUAAACUCUGAUGUUCUCAAUAAGUUCUCUCAGAUGGGAGUUUCCACGAAGGAAACACCUUAUGAAGUUUCAGAAGCGAGCGAUGUUGUAAUUACAAUGUUACCUUCUUCUGCCCAUGUGAUUGAUGUUUACACUGGACCAAAUGGUUUGCUUCAUGGUGGAAAACUCCUAAGGCCAUGGUUAUUGAUAGAUGCAUCCACUAUUGAUCCACAAACAUCAAGAAACCUUUCUGCUACAAUAUCUAAUUAUAUUCUAAAAGAAAAGAAAGGUGAUUGGGAAAUACCUGUCAAGUUGGAUGCUCCUGUAUCUGGAAGUGUGAUUGCAGCAGAAGCUGGUACACUUACUUUUAUGGUAGGUGGCUCUGAGGAAGCAUAUCUUGCUGCAAAACCCUUAUUCUCUUCAAUGGGUAAAAGUACAAUAUAUUGUGGUGGAGCAGGAAGUGGUUCUGUAAGUUUCAUACUUAUAAUUUGGGCAGCAAAAAUCUGUAAUAAUUUGGCUUUGGCUGUUAGCAUGCUGGGAAUAUCAGAAGCCCUUGCUCUGGGCCAAUCUCUAGGUGUUUCUCCCAGCACCUUGACAAAGGUAUUUAACUGCUCCAGUGCUCGCUGUUGGAGUAGUGAUGCUUACAACCCGGUUCCUGGGCUGAUGGAAGGGGUGCCAUCUUCAAGGGAUUAUAAUGGAGGAUUUGCAUCCAAGCUUAUGGCUAAAGACUUAAACUUAGCAGUAGAAUCAGCUGAGCUGGCUGGAUGUAAAUACCCACUAACAUCGGAAGCACAAAAGAUAUACACAGAGCUAUGCAAUGGUGGCCAUGAAGCCAAAGACUUUUCAUGCGCAUUUCGUCAUUACUACUCAGGAACAGAUGAGAUUGUUGACCACUAAAUUAAAAUGUUGGUGCCAUAUAUAUGGUUACAAUCAUUGUAAA